GGUCGAUGCCGUUUGGAGCAACUAUGGAAGGCCGACAGAGGUGGAGCCGACAAAAGCAUUACCGGUGGUGGCUAUUAGAGAGGACGAGACGAGUGACCAUAGUAGCGAUCGAAGUGGAUAUGAUGGGUAUGAUAGAGGCGAUGGUAGAGAGCUCAUUGGAGAACUUACCAAGGCAAUCGCAAAACUAAAAACCAUUCUAAAGAAACUACAAGAAUUAGG